AACCUCCGUUUCCGCUCUCUCCUCUCUUUCUCUCUACUUUCUCUCUCCUCCUCUGAUAUGUAAGGGAAACUCGCCGAAUCCCAGAAACUUCGACUUUGAUUUCGUAGACUUCGUAGUUAAGGAUCCCCAUGGCGGCUCUGUCGAGGUUCUCUCUGUUUACUCUGUUUUCUCUUACCUGCAUUGCUCUGCUCUCAACUCUCUGUUCUGCUGGAGACCCCUACGUCUUCUACGACUGCGUCUCUUACAUCACCGCCUCCCCUCUCGGCGUUUCUCAGCAGGUUAUAGCAGUUAAUGGGAAGUUUCCAGGUCCUCCUAUCAAUGCUACUACAAAUAACAAUGUUGUUGUUAAUGUACACAAUGAAUUGGACGAAAAUCUCCUGAUGACAUGGUCUGGGAUUCAAAUGCGGCGGAAUUCAUGGCAGGAUGGUGUUCUUGGCACAAAUUGUCCGAUCCCUCCUUCAUGGAAUUGGACUUAUCAGUUUCAAGUUAAGGACCAGAUCGGGAGCUUCUUCUAUUUCCCAUCUCUUAAUUUGCAGAGAGCAUCUGGAGGUUUUGGCUCCUUUCAUAUUAAUAACAGGGCAGAAAUUAAUGUUCCUUUUAAUCUGCCUGCUGGUGAUAUCUUCAUUACUAUCGGUGACUGGUACACACAAAACCAUACGGCACUGAGAACUGCUCUUGAUGCUGGAAAAGACCUUGGGAUGCCAGAUGGAGUUCUUAUCAAUGGAAAGGGACCUUAUCAAUACAAUAAUACUCUAGUACCUGAUGGAAUUCAGUAUGAAACCAUCAAUGUUGAUCCAGGAAAGACAUACAGAAUACGAGUGCACAACGUUGGUAUUUCAACAAGUUUGAACUUUAGAAUUCAGAAUCACAAUCUGGUUUUAGCUGAAACAGAGGGAUAUUAUACAAUGCAACAAAACUAUACGAACUUAGACAUUCAUGUUGGACAGUCAUAUUCAUUUCUUAUUACCAUGGAUCAGAAUGCCAGUAGUGAUUACUACAUCGUUGCAAGUGCGAGGUUUGUAAAUGAAUCACUUUGGCAAAGAGUUACUGGUGUUGCUGUCUUGCACUAUUCCAACUCUAAAGGACCAGCAAGUGGUCCUCUCCCUGACCCUCCCAACGAUUUUUAUGACAAGACAUGGUCGAUGAACCAGGCAUUGUCUAUCAGGCAAAAUGGAUCUGCAAGUGGAGCUCGCCCUAAUCCUCAGGGAUCAUUUCACUAUGGUCAAAUUAAUGUCACUGAUUUAUACGUGAUAAAGACUGUGCCACCACAGAUAAUUGGUGGGAAACUGCGAGCUACGCUGAAUGGCAUCUCAUUUGCCAACCUUACUACACCAAUUAGGCUUGCAGAUAAGAACAAUGUUAGAGGAGCCUAUAAGCUUGAUUUCCCCAAUAAGCCACUUAAUAGAACCCCCCGAACAGACAUAUCUGUCAUCAAUGCCACAUAUAAGGGUUUUAUUGAAAUCGUUUUCCAGAACAAUAACACCGCAGUGCAGAGUUUUCAUUUGGAUGGAUAUUCCUUUUUUUUGGUUGGGAUGGGUUUUGGUGAUUGGACUGAAAACAGCAGAAGUGCAUAUAAUAAGUGGGAUGCAAUUACUCGAAGCACUACACAGGUUUUCCCAGGCGCAUGGACAGCAGUGCUUGUCUCGCUUGACAAUCCCGGAGUGUGGAAUCUUAGAACUCAAAACCUUGAUAGAUGGUACCUUGGCCAAGAGACAUAUCUGAGAAUCGUUAAUCCAGAGGAGAGCGGUGAAACAGAGUUUGGUGUGCCCAAUAAUGUUCUGUAUUGUGGUGCCUUAGCCAGCAGGCAGCAGGAACAGAAGCAUUCUUCUGCAACAUCAAUUUCCAGGGGAAGUUCGAGGCUGCUCAUCUCUCUGCUGGUGGCAUUCUUCACUUUGGUUUGUACUUUUAGAUGAUGAGUUAGUUAAUGGUGACGGUUGAUUCCGAGCAGUGGCGGCUUUUCGUGCUGAAUUGCUGGGUUGGUUGAAAUACAGAUGGUAGUUUUAGGUGUGCAAAUCAAAGUGUGAUGGUGGUACAUUUCGGGUUUUGGGUGGUUUUAGUGACAGAAGAUAAAUGCUUGUUUCUUCCUUUUUCUGUGGCGAUACUUCCCAUACCAUAGCGUUGUAAUAGGUCAUUCUGUAUCCAACAUUCUUUUGUGCGUUCUUGAAAUUAUGUGUACUCAUGAAUUGAAGUCUCAUGAUGUAUACCAUUUGACUUCAUUUUUCUCAA